ACCAUGAUAUCGUGCGACGUGCACAUUGGAAAUACAGUACCGUGACCGUGCCUCAUAGUUAUUCUCGAAUCUCGUUAGUUACAGACUUACAGGACACGGGCGACCGAGCAUCUCUUGGUUUCUUCUCUCAACUUCUCAAGUUCUGUGUGUCGGCGGUUCGUGGUUGGCAUUUUGCUGGGAAUACAAGAACUCGUUGCUUGUCUUUAUCCGAGUUUGCUACCUCGUCGAGGUUGAUCUAUAGAUGCCCCAGCUAUACACCUAUUUUGGACAGGAAUCACCAUAAAAUUUUAGACUAAAUAAAACGUAAAAAUGGUCACUACAACUGCUGUGUUUUGGAGAAAAAUGCGAGACUUGGGUUAUGUUGCAGUUGGUGGAGCAGCAUGUUUUUGUGGGAUUUUAUACUACAAAAAUGAUCCUAAAUUUCACAGGAUUGUCACAGUACCACUGCUGCAUGCAAUGGAUCCUGAGCGAAGUCAUCGUCUGUCAAUAUUGGCUCUGAAAUAUAAGCUGCUUCCAAAACGACAGGACACUCCACACCCAAGUUUGAGAACAAAAAUCCUGGGCAUGGAUUGCAGCUCACCGAUUGGCUUGGCUGCUGGCUAUGAUAAAGACGGUGAAGCGGUCGAAGGAUUAUUCAGGCUGGGUUUUGGCUUUGUUGAGAUUGGGUCAGUGACACCGAAACCUCAGCCAGGCAAUCCUGGGCCUCGCGUUUUUCGGCUCUCAGAGGAUGAAGCAGUCAUAAACAGAUACGGCUUUAACAGUCGCGGCCACGCUGAGGUGUACGAGAACUUGAGCUCCCUACCACCACCAGGCCAACGUAACGCCCCUGUGGGCAUCAACCUCGGCAAGAAUAAGUACUCUACGGACCACGUCGCCGACUAUAAGGAAGGGGUCAGAUUGCUGGCGCCCCUGGCUGACUAUCUAGUCAUUAAUGUCUCUAGUCCCAACACCCCUGGCCUGCGCGGCCUACAAGCUGGCGGUGCUCUGGCCGAGUUACUGGACGGCGUUCAACUUGAACUCGCAGAGCACGUGAAGCGUCACCCACAACAACGCAGACCUCCGCUUCUUGUUAAGAUAGCCCCAGACCUCAGCGAGAACGAGCUCAGAAACAUCUGUUCUGUGCUCAUCAAUAAAAAAGUUGAUGGCAUCAUAGUGGGCAACACGACGGUAACGCGGCCGUCGACGCUUCGUAGUUCACACAAGCACGAAGUUGGUGGCCUGAGCGGCAAGCCUUUGGAGGAAAGAGCUACUAACGUCAUCAGGACUGUAGCUACUAUCACGAAAGGAGAGCUUCCGAUCAUCGGGUGUGGCGGCAUUUGCGACGGUGCGGGCGUGUACGCCAAACUGCGGUCGGGGGCGAGCGCCGUGCAGCUCUACACGGCGCUCGUGUACGGCGGCCCUACCCUCGUGGCGGAGAUAGAAGAUCAGCUGCUGCAUCUCAUGACACGGGAUGGCUUCUCAAGCGUGUCUGAUGUCAUCGGCGCCGACUUGAAGGAGAAGGAACAACGUCAUGUGCUCCAAUAAUAAAAAAAUUACAUCUUUACCUGCCGUCGUAAUUUCUGCAAUAAUUGAGUGGAACAACCCUGUCUGAGCCUCGGCAAUUAGGGACGUUCAACAGAACUGUUCCACUGUCGCUUCUUAACACUUCCGCUGUCAAAGUUAUGGAAAGAUUGUGUUCCAAAGGCCGGAUGUGAAUCAAGUCACAAAAA